UAGGUGCGCAUCUUCGCAUCUUGGCAUCUCCGCCGCGUCGCCCAAAAACUCGAAAAAAGGCCGAAACGAAAAUAGAAAACCCGAAAACGAGUUACAGUCGCAGUCACUUUGAAAGUCGCAGUAGCAGUCACUGCCAGCCGUCACCGUUGAGAUCCCGCUGACAGGUUGCGGAACCCGUUUUACUGGAGCGGAUCGGAUCGGCAGAUGCAACCGCUGUAAAAAUAAUAAAGUGCGUGCAAUAUCUCAAAAAUAACAACAACAAUAAAACGGACCAUCACUUCAAAAGAAACAAUCAUCAAAUGGUGGCCUAACAAAUCCUUUAAACUCAUAAAAACAGUUUUAGCUGUUAAAACAAAAUUCAAAAAUACACAAUAAAAUUAAAGACAAAAAUGAUAUCAAAAACUCGCUCGAUAUAAAAAUGGACCAUUUAGCUGACAUAUCUAAAAAUUUCAAUAGCUGACUAUAACAAAAGCUCGAUUUAAAGUGCACUACCUAUAAACAAAAAAAACCUUCGAAAAACUAAACUUUCAGUAAUUAUUAGCCAUAACAAAAUAUGUUCAGUUAAUCCCCAAAACCAAACAUUUAAGACCUGUGCUGGACAUUCUUUAACUAAAGACUGAAGAGCCGCGUACAUUUGUACUUCAACCGUAAAUCUGUUUGCGGCAAACACUUGAAGCCAAUUCGGUUUGCUGGCUGUUUGUUUUUGUUCCAAUAACAUUUUUUAAACCGGCCGCCAAAGAGUCAUACAGAGUCAAUAAAAAUGAAGUAAAAACGGAUGAAAAAAAUAAGCAAAGUCACACACAAAACAAACAAAACAUUUUCCGGCUCCGGCGACAUUAACAGAACUGCUCGACAUCGACAAUUUGUUUUAUCAAUUUUCAACAAGGCCAACAGCAACAACAAUAGCGCAACACCCAACAAGCCAGCAAACAACAAAAGCGCCCAAAGUGCUUAGCCGUCGAGCACGCACGCCAAAGCCACCCAACCGCCCAGCCACCCACGCGAACCUCCCUUAGCCACCCACUCAACCACCACCCCACAUCCUUGAACACCCAACCCCUUUUGCAAGGGCUCCGCCAGCAUCCGCAUCCGUUUAUUCUCUCGCAUCCACAUCCGCAUCCUACAUAGUAAAAAAAAAUAAAUAAAAAUAACAAAAAACACAACGGACGCCCCACAGUGAAGCCAGGCACAGUGAACUCGCGUGUCGCCGCUUUUUUAAGCCAAUUCAGACAGCGAGACAAUGGCUGCAUAUGCGCAGUUUGGAUACGCUGGCUACCCGACGGCAAAUCAGCUGACUACCGCCAAUACCGACAGCCAGAGUGGCCAUGGCGGAGGAUCGCCGCUCUCGGGGACGAACGAGGCCUCGCUGAGUCCCUCGGGCGGUUCAACGGCCACGGGUCUGACCGCGGGUCCUUUGAGUCCAGGUGCAGUUUCCCAGUCGUCGCACCACGCGGGUCACAAGGGUCUCUCCACCUCGCCGGCGGAGGAUGUGGUGGGUGGUGCAGAUGUCCCCGGAGGACCCCUUUCAUCUGCCGCCCAGGAUUUGCCCACUCGGGGAUCCUGCUGCGAGAACGGACGACCCAUCAUCACGGAUCCCGUUUCCGGCCAAACAGUCUGCUCCUGCCAAUACGAUCCGGCCAGACUGGCCAUUGGUGGCUAUUCCCGGAUGGCUCUGCCCUCCGGCGGAGUUGGCGUCUACGGCGGACCGUAUCCCUCGAAUGACCAGAACCCGUAUCCCAGCAUUGGAGUGGAUAACUCCGCCUUCUACGCACCUCUGAGCAAUCCCUACGGCAUCAAGGACUCCAGCCCGAGUACAGAGAUGAGUGCCUGGACCUCGGCGAGUCUGCAGUCAACCACCGGUUACUACUCCUACGACCCCACGCUGGCGGCCUACGGGUACGGACCCAACUAUGAUCUCGCCGCCAGGCGGAAGAACGCCACGCGGGAAUCCACAGCCACAUUGAAGGCCUGGCUGAGUGAGCACAAGAAGAAUCCGUAUCCCACAAAGGGCGAGAAGAUCAUGCUGGCCAUCAUCACCAAGAUGACCCUCACCCAGGUGUCCACCUGGUUCGCCAAUGCUCGUCGCCGGCUGAAAAAGGAGAACAAGAUGACGUGGGAGCCCAAGAAUAAAACCGAGGACGAUGACGAUGGUAUGAUGUCGGAUGACGAGAAGGAGAAGGACUCUGGCGAUGGUGGCAAACUCUCCACGGAAGCUUUUGAUCCCGGCAAUCAACUUAUCAAAUCCGAGCUGGGCAAAUCGGAAAAGGAGGUGGACAGUGACCAGAAGUUGGAUCUCGAACGGGAGCGGGAACACAAUCUGGUGGCCAUGCGUGGUCUGGCGGGACCGUAUGCCACGCCUCCCGGUGCACCACAUCCCAUGCACGCGGCCUACAGUUCGUAUGCGCAAUCCCAUAACACGCAUACGCACCCGCAUCCCCAUCCGCAGUUGCAUCAUCAGCAGACGCAGCAGCAGCAGCAGCAGUCGCAACAGCAGCAGCAGUUGCAGCAUCACCAGCAGCUGGAGCAGCCGUACUAUCAUCCUGGUGGGGGUUAUGGCCAAGAGGAGGCGGACAACAAUAAUUUUGCGGCCCAAAAAAACCCGCUGAGCAGAGACUGUGGCAUCCCAGUGCCGGCGAGCAAGCCGAAGAUCUGGAGCGUGGCCGACACAGCCGCCUGCAAGACGCCCCCGCCCACCGCGGCGUACCUCGGCCAGAACUUCUAUCCACCAACGGCGGAUCAUCAGCCUCUGCACCACCACCAGUCGCACCACCCAUCAGCGGUGCAUCCCCAUCAGGUGCAUCCCAAUCAUCCGCAGCAGCAGUCGCAACAGCAGCAGCAGCAGCAGCAGGUGCUCCACUCGAUGGAGCUCGGUUCGCCGCUGAGUAUGAUGAGCAGCUACGCCGGCGGAUCGCCAUAUUCGCGGAUACCUACGGCGUACACCGAGGCCAUGGGCAUGCACCUGCCCAGCGGUUCCUCCUCCUCCGGCAAGAUACCCCAUACGCCCAUACACAUCCAUCCGGCGCCGCAACGGGUGGGGUUUCCCGAGAUCCAGCCCGAUACGCCGCCCCAAACACCGCCCACUAUGAAGCUCAACAGCAGCGGCAGCAGCAGCAGCAGCGGGAGCGGGAGCAGCCACAGUUCUUUGAUGCAUUCCGCUCCGGUGACGGUGGCUUCCAUGGUCAACAUUUUGUACAGUAACGAGUCCUCAUCGGGAUACGGACACCACCAGGGGCACCACCACGGUCACUUGGGUGGCAGCAACUUGACCUAUCUAACGGAUAGUCGUUCCGGGUCGUAAGUCGACCUUGAACCAGUUAGCAAGUUAACUAGUUAGCUAGUUAGCCAGUUAACUAGUAAGUUAGUUAGUUACUCAGAUACCAAAUAGCAAGCGAAAACCACUUCGAUUGGCAAAAAGGGGACAAGUGCAAGUUGGCGGUAAAUCCGCGAUUACGAUUACGAUAACGAUUACGAUUACAAUAGAGAUAGCGAUAACUACACUAAUUAUUUUGCAAUAAAUGUAGCCUAAGUACGGCAAUAAAACUUUAUUUCCUACCAUAUCAUAAAUUAUUUCGCUUUAUAACUUUAAUUAGCAUAUUUACACUCGACCGCUGAAAUUUUCGAGACGCACACGUUUCGGUGGGGCGGUACACACUUAACGCUGGUGGUGGUGGUGGUGCAGAUGGUGGUGGGGUUUUCAGUGUGUGUGUGUGUGGGUGUGUGUGUGGGUGUGUGUUGGGUGCUUUGGGGAGAACAGAGAGCAGAGCGGAGAAACGGAGCCGUGUCUGUCAUGUUUUUUGCCCGGGGUUGAGUCACUCGGGCUCCGGGUUUAAUGACUCGAAAUAAACGCACACCAAACCACAUCACUCCGCACCACAGCAGAGCACACCGCACCACACGAACUCAUUCAUCUUUGCGAGCGGAGAGUCUCAUACCGAGAGUGGCAUACCAAUAUAAUAAUGCCAGCAGCCGUGUUAUAAAUCAAGCGAACUUUUUGUCUUAGCUCGUACACAACAACACUAACAUUUCCUACCUUAAGUGCUUAAUCCACACACACACAACUUAAUAAUUUUAGAUACCGCACACUAGACCUUAAGGAACUUCACGUUGUAUUAGUGCUAAUAUCCUGAAUUUGGAUGGAACGGAGCAUUAGCUUCCCAAAAUCCCAUUCGUAAGAUAGUUAGUUACUCUAAGACUUUGCCUAACCCUUCUUCGACUUAUGCAUUAGACACACUUACUCGGCCAAAUAAUUAAUCCGUGCAAACAUAAAUAGUUACUUAAUCGUAAAACAUGUAAUUAGUUACCCUAUUCGUUUGAUUUAUUUGUAGAGGAAUUUAAGUAUCUGUGAUAUAUGCAUAUAAACACACACUAUACGUACUGUACGAGCAAUUAGCUGCGGUAAUUUAGUUAAUUCACACAUACUUCUUCGGACACAAAAAGCACUUACGUUCAGCAACUGGUUCAAGACAUUUCUAAUGGCAUACAUUUUGUAAUUGUAAAUAGU